CCUCAGAGCUUCAGCUGUUUCUGAUUCAGAGCAGCUUUCAGUUUGCAGCCAACACCGAGGAGCGUCUUCUUCUUCUGCUGCUGCUGCCGAUCAGACCUGGAGCAGUUUGGAUAUUAAACACUCAUUCUGGAUUUCUUCAUCAGUGGAUUAUAACACAGUUUGGAUACGGCCAUUUUUUUUUUUGGACACAUUUUUAAAUUUUUGUAUUCCCGAGGAUCCAGUGACUCCUGGAGUUGUUCCAGUUUCCAGUCUGAGGAGGGGUUUAUAUUUCCAGGGUUUUUUGUGUUGCUGUUGUGAGUCUGAAUGCCACAGGAUUACCCCCGGGCUGCAGUUCCCGCCCCGGCCUGCAAGGAGGCAGCAGAGAGCGGCCGGACGCUGGACACUCGCUCCGUCAACAUGAGCGACUUCUGGCACAAGAUGGGCUGCUGCGUGGUGGCUAAACCCCCCCCGAAGAAGACGAGGAGGAGGAUCGAUCGCACGAUGAUCGGAGAGCCGACCAACUUCAUCCACCUCACACACAUCGGGUCGGGAGAGAUGGGAGAUGCUCUGCAGCCGUCGGGGACGGUGCAGGAACAGAUGAGGUCUAAAGGCCCAAACACGAACGGCAGGAACAGCCUGUUAUAGCCGGAGCGUGUGGACACCCCUCUCUGCUGAAGUUCCUUUGAGCAGCGCUCUGAUGGCAGCCACCAGCAGGGGGCGCUCACACGUCUCUCCUCUAAGGAUUAUCACUUCCUGUGACUCUUCAGCAAAGUAUUAUCUACAAAAAAACCACCAAAGGCAAGGACUACAUCUCCCAGCAUGCCUUUGGAGUCCCCUCGGUGCACAUUGACAUCAAACAGACAUUUUAUUAUACAUUUUAAAGUAUAAAAUAUUUUAAAUUCAAAGUAAAAAGUUGUCCUUAUGUAUUAUAUUAAUUUCAACAACCCAUGAUUCAUCGGACUCCAUUUCCCAGAAUGCUGUUCUACUGCAGGUUAACGGCAGAUGACAGAAUGUCUGUAUUUAAAAGAAAAAAGUGUCUUCAAUGUGUUAAACUGUCUUUAUAAAAGACUACAUUUCCCAGCAUUCAUAGGGGAUUCCUUUUCUAAACACUUCCUCGAUGGACUACAUUUCCCAGGACUCUCCUCAGUUUUGUUGACUGUGCAUUGUUCACAAGGCCUCAGCGAUGUGUGUGUGUGUGUGUGUGUGGUGGUUGUGUGUGUGUUGUGUGUGUGUGUGUGUGUGUGUGUG